AUGGCUUCUUCCGAUAAGAUUUUUUCCCUCGAGGGAAAGGGCCUCAAGCUCGACACUGCUGAGGAUCUCGAGCCUCAUAUUGCCCCUCUUCGAUCUGCAGACGUCGAAGAAGUUCGUAUUUUGGGCAACACUCUGGGUGUUGGCGCCUGUAAGCUUCUUGGUGAGGUUCUUGCGACCAAGAAGAACCUGAGAGUCGCAAACUUCGCCGAUAUCUUCACUGGCCGACUCCUGAGCGAGAUCCCUGACGCCAUCUCUUCGCUACUCACCUCCGUCCUCAACCUUCCCAAGCUCAACACUGUCAACUUGAAUGACAAUGCCUUUGGUUUGAACGUCCAAGCGCCUCUCGUGGCCUUCCUAGCCGCCCAUGUGCCACUGCAGCACCUUUACCUGAACAACAACGGCAUGGGCCCUCACGCUGGUAUCCUCAUCGCUGAUGCGCUCUCCGAGCUUCACGCCAAGAAGGAGGCUGCCCGAAAGGAAGGAAAGGAAGUUCCCGAUCUCGAGACUGUUAUCUGCGGCCGAAACCGAUUGGAGAAUGGAAGUAUGACGGCGUGGGCAAAGGCCUACAAGCUGCACAACAAGAUCAAAGUGAUCAAGAUGGUUCAGAACGGUAUUCGACAAGAAGGUAUCUCCCACCUUCUCGCCGAGGGUCUCAGUCACGCUUCCAAACUCGAGGUCCUCGACCUGCAGGACAACACCUUCACCGUCACUGGGGCCCGAGCUCUGUCAAAGGUUGUUGCCAACUGGACCUCACUCCAGGAGUUGGGAGUUGGUGACUCCCUACUUGGUGCCAAGGGUGGUGUCCUCGUAGCAGACGCUCUGGCCAAGGGCAAGAAUGCUAAACUUGAGACCCUGCGCCUGCAAUACAACGAAAUCACAUCCAAGGGUAUCAAGGCCUUCGCCACUGCCGCCAAGGAUGGUCUUCCUGCGUUGAAGCGAAUUGAAAUCAACGGCAACAUUCUCACAGAGGACGACGAGUCGAUUCCCGUCCUUCAGGAGCUUCUCGAGGAGCGCAAGGAGAAGUUUGGUGGCGAUAUUGUCAACGAGGAUGAAUGGGGUGUUGACGAGCUGGAGGACCUUGAGGAGCCAGACAGUGACGCGGAGGAAGAGGAAGAGGAGGAAGAGGAGAUUGAGCCUGAGGACCGAGCCGAGAAGUUGAUCAAGGAGGCUGAGGAGGCCCAAGAGGAACCCGUUAUUCCUGUCAAGGACAAGGAGGUGGACGAGUUGGCAAAGAAGCUCGAGAAGACUGGAAUUUAA